AUGAAUUGGAUGACGGAUGACCUAUUAAUCCCAAAGUUCAAUGGACUAGCCGAACCUAACCCGACCCAAUUGGAGCAAAGCCAAAAAGACUCCGGCUGUCCUGGUUGAGAGUCAUUGCAUUCAGAGAGUCCGAUGAACACAGUAAAGUUCAUAUAAGAACGAGAGAAGCUCCUCCCGCCACAAGGUAUAUAAUAUCAUUCCUUCAUUUCAUGUGCUGUGUUUCUGUGUUUUUCAAUUUCUUCAUUACCCUUUCAUUCAUAUAAAUAUGACACCUUUUACAAUGUUCACUUCACAUCGCCAUAGAACUUUUCUCUACCUCAACAAAGCCUUAAACCCUAACCCUCUUUUCCCAUCACUAUUUUCUCUGCAUUUCUGCACCAAUACUUCAGAUUCAACUUCUUUUGCAAUCUCCUACCUCAUCAACAAUUUUGGGUUUUCCCCACAAUGUGCUUCCAAACUUUGUUCCACUUACAAUGUUCGUUUCAAGACAACCAAACAACCUGAUUAUGUUCUCAACUUCUUUAGAAACCAAGGUUUCAUUGAUUCCCAAGUUGGCAAUAUGAUUUCCAAAGCACCAUGGUUACUUACUUGCAACCCCUCCAAAAGGGUGUUGCCAAAGUUUCAAUUUUUACUAUCCAAAGGUGUUUCAACCUCUGACAUUGUUACCCUAAUUACUAAGAGACCCGUCAUCCUUUCUCCGAGUUUGAAGAAUCAUAUAGUCCCGACUUAUGAAUUGUUGCAUAGAUUCUUCAAAUCUGACAAGGACAUUAUUGCUUGUGCAAUUGGCAAUCCAGGUAUACUUGUUAACCAUUUUGUGCCACAGAACAUUAAAUUGUUGAUUGAGAAUGGAGUGGUAGACUCGAACAUUUCAAACAUGCUUCGGGUACAGAGCACUGUACUAAGCACAAAUGACAAUGAUUUUUUGAAAGUGGUGGAGGAAUUGAAGGAUUUGGGGUUUAAUCCUUCACAGUCACUUUUUUAUGUAGCACUGAUUGCCAAAAUAAAGGUAACAAAAACUAGGUGGGAAGAGAAAGUUGCUGCCUUUAAGAAAUGGGGUUGGUCUGAUGAAGAUGCUCUUGAAGCGUUUAAAAAGCAGCCUCAUUGUAUGUUAACAUCUGUUGAUAAAAUUAAUUCAGUGAUGAGCUUUUGGGUUAAUCAGUUAGGUUGGGAUGCUAGGGCCAUUGUCAAACUACCAAGGGUUUUUGGGUCUAGUCUAGAGAGAAGGAUCAUACCAAGGGCCGCAGUUCUGCAAUAUAUUCUGAAAAAAGGUUUCCUGAAAAAGAAAGCAAGCUUAACUACUCCAUUUAUAGUCACUGAUAAGUCGUUCCUUGAAAGAUAUAUAAACCGUUAUAAGGAAGAGUCAUCUUAUCUAUUAAAGCUUUAUGAAGAAAAACUGGAUCUUGCACACGCCAGGGACGAAACUGAUACUAUGUCAUGAACAACUUUUCAGGAUGAUGUAAAUGGCUGGUUGCCUGAAGUAAAAGUUUUCCAAAGUGCAUCAGAGGCUUUUACAAAGAUCGUCGCUGGAGCUAUGCUGUGCCAACCUAGAGUAGGUGCUUCCUCGCCCAUUGAAGUCUGUCCAAAGCAUCAUAAUAUUGAGGGUUCUGAUUUAUAACUGCUCAACCCUCUCAAAUUUUAUCUAUGGUCUAAAUUGAUAGUAAGCGAUUAUUUUCUGGGACCAGAUUAGAUUGAUAUUUACAUUGUCUCCAAAUAUGACAUUGAUCUUUUUAUUGAUUCUAUUAAAUCAUUUUACUAUGAUUUACUAUGAAUCUUUUACUAUGAAUCUUUGUUUUUGACACUCACUCUCAAACUUAUAAGCAUGACUACUUUCACAUUUAAAUUCUGAAUCAUUUCUAGCCAAAGUGUAGUUUAAUUUUAACAGUUGCUUCUAAUGUGCACCACUUACACCAUAUCUUUUUUUUUCUUAAAGAAAAAUCUUAUUAUUAUAGGAAAAUUUGAUAAUCACAACAAUGUCUUUCUUUUAUUUCUUUCCGUAAUUUUUUAUAGAAGUCAUUCUUCAGCAAUCCUUCUUGAAUUGUUCAUACUAAGAGGACGUUCUUGCAAAACUAUCCUCCGGUUCUAGAAAAACUGAGAAGGGUUCUUCUUGUAUAUAUGGCAAACUUUGUGGCAAACUUCCUUUCUGCAUAUGUGAGAGGAUGAGUAUUAAUGAACAUUCAUUCUCUGAUCUAAGUGCUGAGUAGUCAGCCCAUGGGAUAGAGAUGGACCAGGUCACGACUUAGGGAUAAGUCCGAGGAAAUAGGCCAUGUGGGUUGUAUAUGGAGGAGGGAGCGGAGCCAACUGCCACAAGAACACAAUUAUACAUUGCAAUGUUUGGUCUAUACAGAGUUAGAAUGAUCUGAUAGAUGGAUCAUGGAUGCCAAUAGUCGUAGGCUUGUGAAUUGUGAUGUUUGCAGUUUCAUUGUGAUAUUUUUUUUAGUCAACUAGAUUAGUGAUUAAAAAUUCACCUUUUAAGGUAAAUAAAUGAAUUGUCAAAGGC